GGGCAUUUGCCCAGUGGCGGGGCAGGGGGUCUCCCUGCAGGAGGACUCCAGGCCAGCGGGAUGGGGGUCGUCUCCAACGAGUCGGAGCUCCGGGACCUGUUCCUGGAAGACGGCUACGAGUACAGCACGGAAUACCCGUCCCCCGCGGAAACGUUCACCUGUCCCCGGGAGACCGGGGCGGUGAUGCGGCCUGCCCUGGCAGCGCUCUACGGCCUGGUCUUCCUGUUCAACGUGGUGGGGAACUCACUGGUGGCGCUGGUGGUCCUCCACAACCGCCCGCACCGCACGGUGACCGACGUCUACCUGCUCAACCUGGCCGGGGCCGACCUGCUCUUCGCCCUGACCCUGCCCUUCUGGGCCGCCUACCAGGUGACCGGCUGGCUCUUCGGCACGGUCCUCUGCAAGCUGGUGUCCGUCCUGCAGGACCUCAACUUCUACAGCGGCGUCCUGCUGCUGGCCUGCAUCAGCGUCGACCGCUACCUGGCCAUCGUGCACGCCACCCGGUCUGCAGCCCACCAGCGCCGCUGGGUCGUCUUCGUCUGCCUGGGCCUCUGGAUCCUGUCCUUCCUGCUGGCCCUGCCCGCCCUGGUCCUCCGGGAUGUCUUCACCCCGCACAACUCCACCCCCGUCUGCUACGAGAACAUGGGCAAAGACACGGCCCGCUGGCGGGUGAUCCUGCGCUUGUUGCAGCAGACCUUCGGCUUCCUGCUGCCCCUCCUGGUCAUGCUCUUCUGCUACGGCCGCACCCUGGCCGUCCUGUUCCGCGCCCGCAUGGGCCAGAAGCACCGGGCCAUGCGCGUCGUCUUGGCGGUGGUGCUGGUCUUCCUGCUCUGCUGGCUGCCCUACAACGUGAUCCUGGUGAUCGACUCCCUCAUGUGGAUCCAAGUGUUGGCUGACAGCUGCGGCCUGCGGGACCACGUGGACCGUGCCCUGGUGGUCACCCCGGUGCUGGGCUACCUGCACAGCUGCCUCAACCCCAUCGUCUACGCCUUCGUGGGCCAGAAGUUCCGGCACAGCCUGCUGAGGAUCCUGGCCGCCCGCGGGUUGGUCAGUAAGGACUUCCUCGUCCGCCACCGGGUCCCGUCCUCCCACAGUUCAUCGUCGGCCAACACGACCACCAUGUGACCGCCCCUGGACCCGACUGCCCUAGGCCUUCAGGUCACCCGUCCCCCUGGCCUUCCCGUUUCCGGCUUCCCUGGCCUUCCCCGAGGGACCCUUCCUUCUGGGAUCUGUCCCCUCUUCUCUCCUCUGGCGUGGGAGGGGACUGAGAGCUCCCACCUGGACCCUGAAGAUCCGAUCCGGGGCCCAAGCAGGCGGUCAGCCACCCCCUCUCCACUCACCACUCCUUUUGUCCCCGGCCCCAAACUGUAUCUGCUGGACCUCAGAUUUUCUCUGCAAAGGGGCCUGGAGAGGGAGGGAGAGGUAAAAGAGAGAUAGGGAUAAUGGGCCGGUGGGGAUCGUUUUCUGGAAAUCCUUUCUCUGAGGGCCGACGGGGAGGACCAUCCGGAUGGCUGGUCCCCUCCCCCACCCUGGAACCCUCCCACGGGACACAAGACACCCCACCUGCCCAGACCCCGCAAUAGGUCGACUCCUGAUGCUCCCCUGGGUCAAGGGCCAGCCCCAAGGGUCGGGGGAUGCCUGACCCCCAAAACCUUCUCUCUGUCCAUGCCCGUGCUUCUUUCUCUGUGUCCAAGCCAUUGACCGUGCCCUGUCCCCGGCCCUGUGCCCAUCUCUCUUGCCGGUGGCGGGCGGCUGGGGCGGUGAGAGGUCGCUGGGUAGUCCUGGGUGACGACGGAGUAGGGGGUGUGCGGGCUGUAGGCCCAUGGCCGGCCUGGCCAGGUGUGGCCUGAGGACUCUGGACCACCCUGAUCCAUCCUGAUUGACCACAGCCGCGGGCCACCGUGGGCCUGGGAAUGUAGUCUGGAAACCAUGGCACGGCCCAUCGGAAUGGGCCCAGGUCAAACAGAAACGGCUAGGCAGGGGGCUCAGGAUUUUUCCUUCCCCCCUCUUAUGUCUGAGCCUUCUCGCAGGUCUGUGGCCCUGGACCCCCCACAGGUGGGGGAAUCUUGAGGGGCCGGGCAGGGGGCUGAAGCCUCUCCCCCCCCAACCCCAUGUCUAUGGCCCCAGGUCCAGCCCUCGGAAUGCCCCAGUGCAGCCCCCACAGGCAGGGGUGACCUUGGGGGCCAGGGGGUUCCAUUACUGCUCCGGGGGUCU